AUGUCAGAAAGGAUGGAUGACUGGAACCCACCUGAAUCAUGGAAGAGAAUAACUUGCAUCAUGAUGAUUCGUGCCGGCCACCAAAAUAAGGAUAUUAUGACUGCUGCCCAAUGCUCCCUGAACACAGUAAAAACAAUCAGGUAUGAACUAGAGACUUGCAAUGGUGACUACGAGGAUGUAGUAAGAAGAAAGAUCCCUAGCAGACGAUCUGAUUGCGUUCGUACAGCAGAAUUCCUCGCAAGUCUGCAGGAACAGGUGUUGAAGAACCCUGGCAUUAAAAUUCGGGCUUUGUCAAAUGAAAUGAAUGUAGCAUCCUCUACUAUGAAGCUUGCACUCAAUGAAGACCUUCGCUACUACUCAUACAAGCGCCACAAAGGUCAGCUACUCACAGAAAAGGCCCGUAAAAAACGUUUGAUAAAAGCGAAGAAACUUCUAAACAAAGUGAAACAUCCUCUAGAACCACAAACAAUCUGGUUUUUUUCCGAUGAGAAAAACUUUUGCCAGGAUCAAAAACACAACACGCAGAAUAACAGGUGGCUUGCAUGCAGUACAAAGGACAUUCCUCGUGUAAUGCAGACUAAAUUUCCCCAAACUGUGAUUGUUUUGGGAUGUGCGAUGUGA